AUGAAACUUUCAUUGGAAAUCAACAAACGAUCAGCGCAGGAAAUCGAAUUGGACGAAGACUCGAAGCUUGACGCGGCUCUACUCGAGUGUUUGAAGCAAAACGAGAAAGGAAACGGCGAAUCGCUGAGUCUGCACACCGUUCAUCUCAACAAAACGCCCAUCGAGCACAUGAAGUUCGCCGACAAAACCCUCAAGGAACUUGGUAUUGUGGAGAACUCAACCCUCUCGAUCGAUUUUCUUGACGUGGAAACUCUCCUUCAGCUCUCUAACAACAAAAUGACUAAUUUGUGCCGAUCAAUCAAAUGGACAAGAAGACGUCGGGAAAAACAACGCGAGCUAGAAGAUUCGAGAGCAGCUUUUGUGGCUUAUCAAACCUUUCGCAAGUUGAAUGCCGAAGUUCGCGCCAAGAACCCUCAUUUGGACACAACCUUCAAGAAACACCCAAACGAUUUUGGAGCCUUCUACUUGGUGUUGCGCGAAUGUCGAAAGCGAAAGCACGAGUUGACUCCGGCUGAAAAAGUGGAAUUGAUCGAAGAGACGAAGCGGAUACGUGUGUUGGACGAAAACAUCACUCGUGCAUUGGAAGUCUUUCCCGAAUCGUUCUUCAAGAUUGGCAUGCUCUACAUUAUAGUGAAAAUCAAUGGUCAUCAAAUGAAUUGUUUUGUUGAUACAGGUGCUCAAAUGUCGAUUAUGAGAGAGUCAGUGGCUCAACGAACUGGAUUAAUGCAUUUGAUCGAUUCACGUUUUCAAAUGCACGCUGCGGGUGUUGGUGGAAAGAGUAAAGCGCUCGGAAAGAUCAAUCACUGUUUGCUGACGGUUCAAGAAGUCGAGCUGCCUGUUUCAUUCAUUGUGCUGCCAGAAGGAUCCGUGAAUGAGCCAGUGAUUUUGGGUCUCGAUGUGAUGGUGAGACAUCAAGUGAAAAUCGAUUUGGGCGCUAGGAAAAUGAUUUUCGGGCAAACGAUCACCACCGAGUUUCUUCAUCCUGACGAGGCGGCAAAGCUCAAUCUCUUCAACGAGGCGGCUACUCGA